GUCGUAUUUGUUGGGAUAGUAACUGCAACUCUUGUAAUUGCUAGGAUGUUGCAGUUUUUGGACCAUUUUCUGGACUCCCUAAACCCGAGUCACACAACAUUCCGAGUUUAUAUUUUUGCCGCUAUUAUUCUAAUCUUCUCUCUUAUUAUCUUUCGAACCAUAUUAAAGAUGGUGAAAUUUAUUUAUGCUUACAUCAUCAAUGCCAGGCGUCUGCGUUGUUUUCCAGAGCCUCCAAGACGUAGCUGGCUUUUAGGACAUAUGGGACUGAUCAAGAAUACUGAAGAAGGACUGUUGGUGGUGGACAGCUUGGUGAAGACCUACAUCUAUGCCUGCUCUUGGUGGUUUAGUCUUUGUUAUCCCAUUGUGCGACUUUUCCACCCAAGUAGCAUUAAGACAAUACUGCAGGUGUCAGCUGCCAUUGCUCAAAAAGAUGAACUGUUCUAUGGUUUCCUCAGACCCUGGCUUGGGGAUGGACUGUUGCUUAGCCAUGGGGAGAAAUGGGGGCGGCACCGGCGUCUUCUAACACCUGCCUUUCACUUUGACAUCCUUAAGAACUAUGUGAAGAUUUUUAAUCAGAGCACAGAUAUCAUGCUUGCAAAGUGGAGGAGGUUGGCUGUAGAGGGCCCUGUGUCUCUUGAUAUGUUUGAACAUGUCAGCCUGAUGACCUUGGAUACACUUCUUAAAUGUACUUUCAGCUAUGACAGUGACUGCCAAGAGAAGCCAAGUGAUUAUAUCACUGCUAUUUAUGAACUGAGCUCACUAGUGGUGAAACGUGAGCACUACUUGCCUCAUCAUGUUGAUUUUAUCUACAACCUUUCCUCCAAUGGAAGAAAAUUCCGCCUGGCUUGCAAAAAAGUACACAAAUUCACUGCAGGAGUGGUACAGCAGAGAAAGAAGGCCUUGCAAGAGACGGGGGCGGAGGAAUGGAUAAAGUCAAAGCAAGGCAAAACCAAGGAUUUUAUUGAUAUUCUAUUACUGUCAAAGGAUGAAGAUGGAAACCAGUUAUCUGAUGAAGAUAUGAGGGCCGAAGUAGACACAUUUAUGUUUGAAGGCCAUGACACCACUGCAAGUGGCUUAUCGUGGAUUCUAUACAAUUUGGCUCGUCAUCCUGAAUAUCAAGAAAAAUGCAGAAAGGAAAUUACAGAGUUACUGGAAGGGAAAGACACAAAGCAUUUGGAGUGGGAUGAAUUAUCUCAGUUGCCAUUCACAACAAUGUGCAUUAAGGAGAGUCUGCGGCUUUACCCUCCUGUAACUGCAAUAUCCAGGCGCUGUACAGAGGACAUCAAAUUACCUGAUGGCAAAGUUAUCCCCAAAGGAAACUCCUGCUUGAUCAGUAUUUAUGGAACCCACCACAAUCCUGAGGUCUGGCCUAACCCACAGGUUUAUGACCCAUAUCGCUUUGAUCCAGAGAAGCUGCAGGAAAGGUCUGCCCAUGCGUUUGUACCAUUCUCAGCUGGACCCAGAAAUUGUAUCGGACAGAAUUUUGCUAUGGCCGAGAUGAAGAUUGUAUUGGCCCUAACCCUUUACAACUUUCAUGUGAGAUUGGAUGAAACCAAGCCAGUACGCAGAAAACCUGAGUUGAUCCUGCGAGCAGAAAAUGGGCUCUGGUUGCAAGUGGAAGAACUGAAAAGUUAAUGGCAAGCAACUGGUUUGGCAAAGUGCACCAUUUAAUAUUAAGUGUGUCAUGGUAAAGAAUAAAUGUAAUAGCGCAGAACUGUGUUUACUUAAUAACAUGAAAUAAAAUUAAAGUAUUACUUGCUAAAAUGAAAACUGACCUGGAAGAAGAAUGGUUGUUAGUACUCUUGCUUACUAUUAAAAUAACUGGGUUGUACAGCUCCCAGCAUCCCUUGAAAGUUUAAGGGGCUGCACAGAGUUGUACAUGAACCGCAACUAGAAUUUUCUGUUUUGGAUUCUGAAGUUAUGUUGAUAUUUAAUUUAAGGGACUCAGAAACGGAUACAAUGGAUAAAAAUCCACUGUAAGAAAUACUUCUAUAAAUAUAUUCAUUUGAGUUAAAAUAAGAUUUUUAUCCUUAAUUAAUUUCAGCAAACUGCAUUCUCCACUCCAUAUGUGAAAAAUAAAGUAAUAGAAAAAAU